CAAACAGAAGGUUAGCCCGGCUGACAGCGAGUAAUCUUUCAGCGGGUACAGGGACUUAGUGCGUUGCCACCGGGUUGUUUGUGUUAUGAGAAGAGGACAGAGGCUGUUUAAGGACUUUGAUUGAGCACCAUGGCUGCAGCCCCUCCACUUACACGGUCAGAUUCAGCUCGGGGGGACUUUUCCCCUUUGAAGCACUUCGUUGUGGCCAAGAAGAAGAUCAGCGAUGUGUUUGAACAACUACUGAACUACGUGAAAGAGACUUCUGAGUUUGUAGACGAAACCUGUGAGAAUAAAGCUUUGGAGAAAAUUGCAAGUCAGGAUCAAAAGUUGGAGAUUCAGUCGUAUGCUGACAAGCUGGCUGUCAUUAAGGAGGUGCUGGCUCGCAGACACAUGAAGGUGGCCUUCUUUGGCAGGACCAGUAAUGGUAAAAGCACAGUGGUCAAUGCUAUGCUGAGGGACCGUGUGCUGCCCAGCGGCAUCGGCCACACCACCAACUGCUUCCUGAGUGUCGAGGGCACCGAUGAAGACAAGGCCUACCUGAAGACUGAGGGCUCUGACGAGGAGAAGAGCAUCAAGACUGUAAACCAGCUGGCUCAUGCACUCCACAUGGAUGAGAGUCUGGAUGCCGGAUGUCUCGUCCGUGUGUUUUGGCCAAAGACCAAAUGUGCUCUGCUCCGAGAUGACCUGGUGCUUGUAGACAGCCCGGGGACUGACGUCACAACACAACUGGACAGCUGGAUCGACAAGUUUUGUCUUGACGCUGAUGUCUUUGUGCUGGUAGCCAACUCUGAAUCCACGCUCAUGAACACGGAAAAACACUUUUUCCACAAAGUGAACGAGCGUUUGUCAAAGCCUAACAUCUUCAUCCUCAACAACCGCUGGGACGCCUCGGCCAACGAACCAGAAUACAUGGAGGAUGUGAGGAAGCAGCACACAGACCGUUGUGUGAACUUCCUGGUAGAUGAGUUGAAAGUUGUGGACCGUGACCAGGCACCUAACCGCAUCUUCUUCGUGUCCGCCAAAGAGGUGCUCAACUCCCGCAUGCAGCGUGCACAGGGCAUGCCCGAAACAGGUGGAGCCCUGGCUGAGGGCUUCCAGGAGAGACUGAAGGAGUUUCAGUGCUUUGAGAGGAGGUUUGAGGAGUGUAUCUCGCAGUCAGCAGUGAAAACAAAGUUUGAGCAGCACACUAUCAGGGCCAAGCAGAUCACAGAAAAAGUCAAGAGCAUCAUGGACGACAUCAACAUUGAGGCGGCGGAGAAGAGAGUGGCUGCACUGGAGGACAGAGAGUAUCAGAUGGACCGGCUGGAGUUUGUUAAGAAUCAGCUCAACUUGCUGAUUGACGACAUCAAGAAGAAGAUCAAGGCCAUCAGUGAGGAUGUGGAAUCUAAGGUGUCCAUCGCCAUGGGAGAAGAGAUCAGCCGUCUCAACGUAAUUGUGGAUGAGUUCCACACAGACUUCCACCCCUCACCUCAUGUCCUCAAGAUCUACAAGUCUGAGCUACUGGCUCAUGUGGAGGAAGGGAUGGGCAAGAACCUGGCCUUCCGCUGCUCUGACGCCGUCCAUGUCUCUGUCCAGUCCUCUCAGAAAUACAUGAUGGAGAGCAUGCUCCCUCUGCUCCCCUCUGUGGCCCAGGGCCAAAUACAGAUGCUGGUGCCCAGCAGGAAGUUCGACCUGAGUUACGACCUGAACUGUGCCACAAUUUGCAGUGACUUCCAGGAGAACAUUGAGUUUCAGUUUUCAUUGGGCUGGACAUCGUUAGUCCACCGCUUCCUGGGGUCUGUCAAUGCAGAGCGAGCGCUCAGGCUGGUGGACCAGAACUUCCAGGCCUCUCAACCAGCGCUGUCCCUGGCCCGCACACCCUCCUCAGGACCCCCCUCCACUGUAGCCCAACCCAACCAUGAGACAGCCCUUAUGACCCAGGAAGACCUGAUGGUAGCCAUGGCAACCAACGUGGCAUCCCUCACCUCCCGCACAUCAAUGGGUGUUAUCGUUGUCGGAGGAGUGGUCUGCAGAACAGUUGGCUGGAGACUAAUCGCCUUGUCGGCUUCACUUUAUGGCUUUCUGUACCUGUAUGAGAGACUCACCUGGACGACAAAGGCAAAGGAGCGCACCCUGAAGCGCCAGUUUGUGGACUACGCAACUGACAAGCUGCAGCUCAUCGUCAGCUUUACUAGCGCUAACUGCAGCCAUCAGGUCCAACAGGAGAUGGCGACGACCUUUGCUCGACUCUGUCAGCAGGUGGACCAGACGCAGAAAGAGCUGGAGGCAGAAAUCCGGCAACUGACAGCCCAGAUAGAUCAGCUGGAGACCGUCCAGAGCCGCUCCAAGAGCCUGCGACAUAAAGCCACAGAACUGGAGAGACAGCUGGAGGCGUUCACAAACCAGUACCUGCAGCCUCAGCAGUGAAGCUGUUCCUGUUUAUCACUCCACAGUUUGGUUCAUGUUGAGCCCAUCAUUCCUCAGUCAGGCGCCGCCUCACCGGGCCCAGUCCUCCUCCUCACCCUAAUGACAGAGCAGUUUCUGUGCAGAUGGUAGUUUCUGAACAGAAAUCAAUAGCUGUUUUGAUAAUCAAUGACAUGUUGGUCAUCCACUGGGCCAGAAUACCAAAACUUUGCCGCUGAAGUGAAGAUUUGGUCGUUUCUAUUUCAUUUGUGUUAUCUUUUAUUGAUGGGCCUUUGUCAUUAUUUUUGACAUUUUGUAGAUCAAUCAAUUAAUAAAAAAAGAUAAUUGUUAGUUUCAGUCACUGUGGAUGGAGAAGUGAAAGCCCAGAUACAGUAUUACCCUUCCUCUUCCUCUCCAGUACAGCCAGCCAGGCGCCUCACAAGCUGCAGUGAUCAAAUUUGUAGAACAGAACUGCCUGUAACACAAACUUGGACCUAUGGUGUGCAAAGAUGCUCCACAAGGAGGCAGUACAAUGAAGGCUACCGGUCGGGUGCUAUAUUUUGACACUAACGUGCUUCUCACUGUGAAUAUGCCUUUUUUGACUAACUUUUGUGGAGCAAAUGAAGUUUGUGUCUGUGAGAUUCUACAUGUAAAUGUUCAGCACAUGAUCUACUGUAUGUUAGCAACAAAAAAUAAAUAUAUUUAAUAAUGAAAGACAGCAGAUUUGUUUUGUGAGUUAUAAGGAUCUAGUUCAAAUUCACUGAGGGAAUAAUCAUUUAACUAGGAAGGGAAUGCAUGUAUUUAAAAUACUGUAGGUUCAUCUUCUAUUUUUUAGCAAUCCAAACUGUAUAGAUGAAGGCUUUGGAAAAUCUCUUCUAUUUUAUAAUAUCCUGUUAUUUAUAACCAUUAAACCUGCAGUAUAAUGAUGAUUACACAAGUCUGCACUUUGUUAAAUGUUCCUUUUUUUCCCUUGAAUGUGUUGAAAUACCUCCAGAUUUGCUACUGUAUUAAAUCUUCCACAA